AUGCGCCUGAGUCUCUCUUCGUUAGCGCUCCUACUCGCCGCUUCCGGCGGCGCGCAGGGCGUCCUCUCACGUCGUGAUAUCGACGACACUGCAAAGAUUGGGGAUAAUGCUACACCGAGACGAUUCAUAGUCGAGCUUAAAUCGCGUGCGCAUAGAGCUCGCGCCUCAGCUAAAGUGGCGGGUCUCCCGGGUCUUAGUGUCGUUAAGGAGUUCGAUUCCGACCUCUUUCCGGGCGUGAGUAUCGAAUGUGCUAAUCAUUGCAACGCCGAAUCUCUGACCGAUGCUCUCGAUGCCGACGAGGACGAGCCUGUCGUGGCUUAUGUGUACAGUUCGACGCUCGUACAUCUCCUACCCGUAGCAGCCAAAGGGGAAUCAUUUAGCGACGACGCGGCUGCUGCGAAUUACUCAGUACACGGUUCGACAGGUGUUGAGAAGCUUCAUAAGGCUGGAAUUAUUGGUACGGGAGCUACAGUCGCGGUUGUCGACAGCGGUGUUCAGUACACUCACCCCGCGCUCGGUGGUGGUAUUGGCCCGAAUUACACAGUUAUAGGUGGCUAUGAUCUUGUCGGCGACGCUUGGCCUGAUGGACCAGCCGCACCAGACGAUGACCCAAUGGACCAUUACGGACACGGCACCCAUGUUUCUGGAAUCAUUGCCGGCAAAAGUGAUCAAUUUGUUGGUGUCGCUCCGGGCGCGAAAUUGCUCGUAUUCAAGGUUUUCGGAUCCAGCGGCUAUUCAAACGAGGAGGAGGUUAUCGAAGGUUUCCUGAAGGCUUUUGACUCCGGCGCGGAUAUUAUUAGUGCUAGUCUUGGAGAGAAUAGUGGCUUCACCUCCAACGCCUGGGCCGUAUUAGCAUCAAGGAUGGUCGAGCAAGGUGUGGUUAUCUCUAUCGCCGCAGGAAACGAUGGAGACAACGGCCCAUUUGACGCCAGUAACGGCGCGUCGGGCAAAAGCGUCAUUACCGUGGGAGCUGCCGAGCCCGGCGCGUUCCCUGCCCAAGCUUUCUUGGCAGACUUCAACCUGGACGGCCAGUCGAACAAGACCCAGGUUGCCUACAUACCGGCAGCGGCAUCCGGCUUCUUUCCGAACACCGUCCUCAACUGGCCCGUCAUACCGGUGACGCUCAACUCGUCCGUAGAGAAUGAUGCUUGUGCUCCGUUGCCCGCGAACACCACUAGCUUCAACGGAACCAUCGUUCUCGCGAAAAUUGGCGGAUGCGAUACUACGGUAAAGCAUACUAACAUAGCCGCCUUCGGCGCACAGUACAUCUUGUUUUACAACGACGACGGGCCGUACCAAACCCCGUAUGCCAACAGCAGCGUCCAGGGUCUCGUAGCAGCUAUAGAAGCUCAAGCCGGGAAAGCCAUCAUCGACACCAUCAUCUCGGGCGGCAACGUCACCGCCUCCUUUGACGUCGACACCGCUCAUUACGUGGGAUUGUAUAACGCUGGCGGCGGUAGGCCCGCGGCAUACACGUCGUGGGGUAGCACGUACGAUCUCGCACUCAAGCCAGACGUCGUCGCUCCCGGUACCAAGAUCUUGUCCACGUACCCCACGGACAAGUAUCAGGUUCUGAGCGGUUCUAGCAUGGCAACGCCUUACAUUGCCGGCGUGGCCGCGCUUUGGGUAGGCAAGUACGGCGGGCGCGCCGCACACGCCGCCGACCCCGCCUGGGCGAAGAGGCUGACCGCCCGCAUCAUGGGUUCCGCGCGCGCCGUGCCCUGGGCCGACUGGGCCACCACGGCAACCGACUACGGCUUUUGGGCACCCACCACCCAAGUCGGCGCCGGUUUUAUCGACGCGGAGCGGGUGUUGGAUUCCACCACGGAGCUCAGCUUCGAGGGUCGCAAGUUCGAGCUCAACGAUACGGCCCAUUUCGCGGGCAAGCACUCGGUGGAUAUCACGAACUACGGGACCAAGCCUGUCACGUAUUCCUUCUCGCUGCAGGAUGCUGGCGGCUACGACUCCUGGAGGCCCGUCGUGCCGGGGAAGCCGCAGUCCUUUGUCCCUGCUUUGAAGCUUUACUCUGAAAUUAUCCCUUCGAAAAUGACGCCGGGGGUCGCAUUCCCCGAUGGAGAAUUUGUUGUCAGGCCUGCUGAGACGAAGACGGCUGAGUUUACUUUCACUGCCCCGGAAGGACUCAACACGACCAGUCUACCUGUUUACAGCGGCAAGAUCCUGAUAAGCGGCGACAACGGCGAGGAGCUCGGCGUUCCUUACUUCGGUGUCGCAUGCGACCUCAACCAGACUAUCACCAACAUAUGGGACUUCGGUAGCAAUUUCCCCUACCUGACCUCUGGCGUCUCCGACAACCGAAUCCAGCAGAAAUCAAAUUUCACGUUCAAUCUGUCUCGUGAAUCGCAGGACUUCCCUAAGCUAAACACCGAAUUUGCUUGGGGAACGGAAGAGCUGCGGUGGGAUAUAUUCGACGCUACAUAUACGGAGGCACAGUGGAAAUAUCCACCAGUCAUUGGCGAGAACGGCUAUGUCGGGUCGGCCACAAGUUGGAACGGCACGGCUACGUCUCAAUGGUUCACGCCGGGCCAGGAUAGCGAGGACGACAUCUUCCCGUUUCCGCUAUACACCCAGCCCCGUGGCAAAUGGGGCAUCUACUACUGGCUAGGACGGUUCGCCAACGGCUCGAGCAUCCAGCCUGGUGAAUACCACUUUCGCAUUGCUACUUUAAGGCCCUUCGGUGACCCUCAAGUCUCAUAUGAUUGGGAUAUCUGGGAGACACCUAAGGUCACGGUUUUACCACUUAACCCAACAAACACAUCAGCGUCAGCAUAG